UUCACUAAUGAUUAAUGGCUGAUAGCUUCCUGGCUAACUGUUAGCACAUGAAGGGAUAUUGUUGUCUGUUAAUUCGGCCUUUUAGUUACAGCAUGACGUAAACAUUAAUAUAUAAAAAAGGACAUAAUAGUUUUGUUAUUCCAGAGGAUUUAUUUGUCCGUAUUAAUGACUGGUUUGCUUUCUCUGUGGUAACUGAAGGUCCGGGGCAACUUCAUUAGCUGCUAGACUGGCUAACCUCGGCUAAUUAGCUCGCUACACCGACGGAGGUCCAACCUGGUGGUUAUUGUGUACACGCAAAAGUUGCAAGACAAACUUGCGCCCAACGUGCGUCUUUCUCCAUGAACAAAAAAAAAUGCAGUGAUUUGGGAAACGCCAAAAAAUCGUACGUCCGGUUGUGACCUAGGCUUUCCGCGGGUGAUCUGUUCGGACGUUAUCACUGAAAAGAUCAUGGACUUCCCAGGACACUUUGAGCAGAUCUUCCAGCAGCUGAACUACCAGCGUGUCCAUGGGCAACUGUGUGACUGCGUGAUUGUGGUGGGCAGCCGGCAUUUUAAAGCUCACCGUGCCGUCUUGGCUGCGUGCAGUACGCACUUCCGUGCGCUGUUUAGUGUCUCUGAGGGUGACGGGAACGUGAGUGUAAUCCGUCUGGAUUCGGAGGUCGUGACGUCCGAGGCGUUUUCAGUGCUCAUGGACAUGAUGUACACUUCCAUGCUGACGCUGGGAGAGAGCAACGUCAUGGAUGUGUUAUUGGCUGCGUCUCAUUUGCAUUUAAAUACGGUAGUGAAGGCUUGUAAGCAUUAUCUGAACACUCGGACUUUGCCUAAGUCGCCUCUUGGGGAGCGCGGGUGUCCGCGUGUUGAGCAGCAGCAGCAGCAGCUGAACGAUGGCUCUAACUCGCGCCUCCAGCGCUCGUUCCUCUUGCAGCAACUUGGCUUAAGCGUAGUUAGCUCCGCCCUUAAUGAAGAAACUGAAGAGAAAGGGAGUGCAGCCAGUCGAGGGGCGGGGUCAGUUUCAGGAAGUGGACUGUUGGACCAACGGGACUCUUUCUUCCCACAGCGCCGCUUGCAUAAGCGCAAGCAGACGUUUUCUCUGAUUCGCCCAGAGGCCGAGAGCCCGCGCCAGAGACCACGCCUCCCUUCACCAGCCCAGGGGAUCGUGGACGAUUGUGAGGAGGGAGGAGCUAGAGGAGAGGAGCUUCUCUCUCCAGACUCCCAUAGCAAAACCAUAGGUGAAGAUUCCAAACUGGACAUAGUGGUGAUUGCAGCAGAUGAGAGAGAAGCGUACAGAAGGGCAGCGGAGCAAGAGGACGUGCAGCUGCCCAGCCAAUCAGACGGUGGCAGAGAGAACAGGGUGGAGCCUCUCUUGCUGUCACACAAGGAGGAAUAUCCAGAUGGCGGCGAUGGUGUACAAGUGAAAGGUGGAGGUGAGGAAGAAGCACAGCGUAUGCCAGUGGUGGUGAAGAGCGAGCCGAUCAGCUCACCCGAGCCUGCAGACGAGACCAGUGAUGUCACCUCGCAGGCUGAGGGCAGUGACCAGGUGGAGACUGUGGGAGAGAAGCUGGAACUGAGUCCUGAAGGCAGCGAGCACAGCUUCAGCGACCCUCAGCCCAGCUCUGACAUCCUGAUCUCAGAAAUCAAGGGCCCAGUCGUAGAAGGAGAAAGAGCGGGCGAUACAGGAGGAGGUGGAGAUUUAAGAGAAAGAGGAGGAGGUCUCCUGAACGCGAUGAACUUCAACCGCGUCUCUGUCCCAAACGCCAUGACAGGGGAGUGCGCACUGGACCACGAGCCAUCUCAUUUCCUGUUCGGCUCCGACUCUUCGUCAUCUAUGCACCUCCCUCCGUCUCAGAACCUCCUCUCAGGGGAGGCGCAGGAGUUUUCCAACAUGCGGUCUGACUCACUUCUGCUUCAGCCUAUGCUUAAUGGGAUGGCGUCGUCGUCAUCAUCGGCGUCAUCUUCAGAGCAGCUGGUGUUGGCGUUUCAGAGAAACAUUUGGAAGGGUGGUGCAUGUAGAUUUCCUCCUUAUCGACGCAUCGCACCAAAAGCUGCACCAGGACUCGCUUCGAUGCAGGACACGACUUCUUCAUCAUCAGCAUCAUCAAUGUUUGUAAACGGCACUAAUUUUGAUGGUUCGAGCCAACGAGGAAGCAACUCAAACUUGAAUCCUCUGCCCCAAUUGACCCGGGCCUCAGCAGACGUGCUCUCCAAAUGUAAGAAAGCGCUCUCGGAGCAAAACGUCCUGGUGGUCGAAGGAGCACGUAAAUAUGCAUGUCGAAUCUGCUGCAAGACCUUUCUGACUUUAACGGACUGCAAGAAGCACAUCCGAGUUCACACAGGCGAGAAGCCUUACGCAUGCCUGAAGUGUGGCAAGCGCUUCAGCCAAUCCAGUCACCUGUACAAACACUCGAAAACCACCUGCCUCCGGUGGCAGAGCAGCAUCAUGCCGACUGGACUGCAUUAGACCGAACACUGCACUGCACACUUCCAUACCGGACUGCCUAAAACGCAGCCAGACAAUACGGCAUAUUUGUUUUAACACUAAAUGUAAACGCACCACUUCUCAAGAAACUAAGCAUGGACAUGUAACGUAUUUGCCAAAUUAAGUAAGUAAUAUGACUCGUCAAUAAAGUAUCGCACUUGAGAUUGCUCUAAA